AUGUGUCUGAGCUGUCAGACUGGCCACGCCCCCCGUCGCGCUGUGGUCUCUGGAAGCCACGCCCCUGUCGCGCUGUGGUCUCUGGAAGCCACGCCCCUGUCGCGCUGUGGUCUCUGGAAGCCACGCCCCUGUCGCGCUGUGGUCUCUGGAAGCCACGCCCCUGUCGCGCUGUGGUCUCUGGAAGCCCCGCCCCCCGUCGCGCGGUGGUCUCUGGAAGCCACGCCCCUGUCGCGCUGUGGUCUCUGGAAGCCACGCCCCCCGUCGCGCUGUGGUCUCUGGAAGCCACGCCCCCCGUCGCGCUGUGGUCUCUGGAAGCCACGCCCCUGUCGCGCUGUGGUCUCUGGAAGCCACGCCCCUGUCGCGCUGUGGUCUCUGGAAGCCACGCCCCUGUCGCGCUGUGGUCUCUGGAAGCCACACCCCCCGUCGCGCUGUGGUCUCUGGAAGCCCCGCCCCCCGUCGCGCUGUGGUCUCUGGAAGCCCCGCCCCCCGUCGCGCUGUGGUCUCUGGAAGCCACGCCCCCGUCUCGCUGUGGUCUCUGGAAGCCACGCCCCCCGUCGCGCCGUGGUCUCUGGAAGCCACGCCCCCCGUCGCGCCGUGGUCUCUGGAAGCCACGCCCCUGUCGCGCUGUGGUCUUUGGAAGCCACGCCCCCCGUCGCGCUGUGUGUGUGGCAGGGGGUUGGAGAGGAGGGGGUCAGGGGUGGGAUGGUUUCAGAGGAGGGGGAGUGGACGGACUCUCAGGGAUCAAUAAGGCAUGGGACGGUUGAAGGAUGA